AAUGCAGUAAAAAUCCGGAAGUUGUCAUUCUACACUCGACUUCUUUCCCGCGGAAGUUUAUACGUCGUGUCUAGCAGUCACCUGAUCAUGAGCAAACGCAAGUCCAAAGAUGCUCCAAUGCCAAUUAAGGAAUGCAUCACACAGCUUCAGACGUGUCUGAGAGAACGACUUUGCAACCAGCAACUUCCCAGCAGACUGGAGGCGUCGGAGGCCCAACACAAACACUUGCUGGAGCUGCUGAAGCGGACGGCCAUCCACGGGGAGAGUAACUCGGUGCUGAUCGUAGGUCCCAGGGGAACGGGGAAAACCACGCUCCUCAGGUGUGUGUUGCGAGACCUGCUGCAAGAAAAGGAAGUGCAGAACAACCUCUUGCAGGUCCGACUCAACGGCCUCUUGCAGACUGAUGACAGAAUAGCCCUGAAGGAAAUAACGCGACAACUCCACCUGGAAAACGUUGUUGGGGACAAAGUGUUUGGGAGCUUCGCAGAGAACUUGGCUUUCCUGUUGGAGGCGCUGAGAAAAGGCGAUCGCAGCAACACCCGUCCAGUCCUGUUUGUCCUCGAUGAGUUUGACCUGUUCGCCCAUCACAAGAACCAGACGCUGCUCUACAACCUGCUGGACGUGUCCCAGUCGGCACAAUCUCCGGUGGCGGUGGUCGGCCUCACCUGCAGACUGGACGUCCUGGAGCUGCUGGAAAAGCGAGUGAAGUCGCGUUUUUCCCACCGUCAGAUCCACCUGCUCAGCAGCCUGACCUUCCCUCAGUACCUCCACCGAGUGCGAUCCCAGCUCAGCUUGUCGGACGGCUUUCCAGACCGGAAGUUCAGCGAAGACUGGAACGACAGUGUCCAGAGUCUUUGUGAAGACAAAUCGGUGGAGGAAGUUCUACAGAGACAUUUUCACUCCAGUAAAGAUUUCCGCUCUUUGCACACGUUGCUGAUGUUGUGUUUAAGUGGCGUGUCUGCAGUUAAUCCCAGCAUCAAACCAGCAGACGUGCUGGAAGCCAGCAGACUUUGUUUCAGCGACGCCCAGUCCAACAUGCUUCAUGGUCUUUCCAUCCUGGAGCUGUGCCUGGUCAUCGCCAUCAAACACCUCAACGACGUCUACCAGGGCGAGCCCUUCAACCUGCAGAUGGUUCACAACGAGUUUAAGAAGUUCCUGCAGAGAAAGUCCAACUCCAUGUACAACUUUGAGCCAGCGGUGAUCAUGAAGGCCUUCGAGCAUCUGCAGCAGCUGGAGCUGAUCAGACCCGUAGACGGCUCCUCGGCGAGAACUCAGAAGGAAUAUCAGCUGAUGAGACUGGCGCUGGACCACAGUCAGAUCAUGGAGGCCAUGCAGAAGUACCCACAAUGCCCCACUGACAUCAAGCAGUGGGGCAUGUCAGCGUUUGGAUAGAAAUGGGAAAUAAAGGUUGGAUUUUGUUUGUGUUCUCACAUUAAACAUGAAACAAAUGCA